AUGUCCGUUACCGGCGUCAAUCAACCCCCGUACCCCCUGCACGAGUCCGUCAAGGAUCUGCUCGACCCGGAGUAUGUCGACUUCUAUAACCAGCAUGUCAUCAACAACCAGCAGGUUCACUUGCAGCCGGUCGCUGCGUCGCGCACUAGUGGAGUUUUGAUUCCCGGCGCGGGUCCAAUGCUGGAAGUGGGCAAGACGCAGGAUCUCAUCGUGCAGCGCCAGGCCACCGAGGGACCGCCAGUGCCAAUUCGCUGCUUUACUCCCCAGGGUGAGGUCCCCACCGGCGGGUGGCCUGUGAUGCUGUACUUCCACGGCGGUGGCUGGGUGCUGGGCAAUAUUGACACCGAGAAUGUCGUGUGCUCAAAUUUGUGUGUCCGAGGUAACUGCGUGGUGGUAACGGUUGAUUACCGUCUGGCACCCGAACAACCUUGGCCGGCGGCCGUCCACGACUGCUGGGAGGCGCUCCUCUGGCUGGUCCAGCAGGGUCCUUCUGCGCUGUCCAUCAACCCAUCUAAGCUCGCAACUGGCGGGUCAUCGGCUGGUGGCAAUCUUGCUGCGAUCAUGACACAUAAAGCAUUGACUCUGUCGCCCCCUGUGCGCUUCCAAGCCCAGCUGCUCUCGGUUCCGGUGACCGAUAACACCGCGACGGUGGCCAACAACGAGUCAUACCGUCGCUAUGAACAUACGCCGGCUCUACCCGCACUCAAAAUGAUUUGGUACCGCGAUCACUAUCUUCCCAACGAGGCUGAUCGUACCAAUCCCGAGGCUAGCCCGCUAUUUUAUACUGGUGACUGGUCUCAGCUUCCACCUGCUCUCGUCAUGGUCGGCGAGCUGGACGUGCUGCGUACGGAGGGUGAACAAUAUGCCGAGAAACUCCAAAGGGCCGGUGUCGAGGUCGACCUCCAAGUUAUGAAGGGAAUGCCGCACCCAUUCCUGGCCAUGGAUGGUGCUCUAUCGGAGGGAAAGAGGUGUAUCACACUUAUGUGUGAUGCCCUGCAGAAGGCUUUUUACGACUGA